AAUUAGACUAUUUAUUACAGUUUUAUUGGCUUCUUCUUCCUUGAUUAGAUAAAUGAUGAACUUAUAUUUACAAGGUAGAGAUUAGUUACAGUCAGAACUUCGCUGAUGCAAAAACAUACAUAGCUUGUCAAAAUUAUUGCGAUGUUACAUUUCAAAAUUAAAUCCCUAAUUUACUUAUGGAUAACAACCACCGUGCUUUUAUAUAUUUUAAACAGUUCAAUUGGAUCAAACAUGUGUCCACUAAAUUAUUGUUCAUUAAACAAAUGCCCAAAAGAAAUCAAAGUUUGUGAGGAAGGUUAUGUUUUGCUUGAAAAUUCCACUACUUGUGGUUGCUGUCAUUCGUGUGUUAAAAUUGGUGAUCUUGGUGAAACUUGCGUUAAAACAGCCUUACAAAAUAUUCCAGCUAUUAUUUGUGGAGAUCAGUUGGUUUGUACAGAAGCUCAACCAUUACCGCAAUGUGCUUAUGGUAAUACCAAAUGUUUACAACACCGGACUGAAGCUUUGAAAACUAGUCUCAAUGAGUCUGAACCAAAUUAUAUUCCUGGAUGCAAUACUUUUGGCGAUUACUCGAACUAUCAAUGUUUUGGGAAGAGAUGUUUUUGUGUUGAUGAAAAUGGGGAUCGGAUUUUUGGAGACUUCUUGGAUUCACAGAAGUCUGUUAAUUGCGCUUGUUCACGGGACCUUCACAAGAUGAUUAGCAUUCAACCACAGAUUCCCUUUGGUUCACCACAAUGUCAAUCAGAUGGAAAUUAUCGAACACUUCAAACAACCAAUACACACGGAUAUUGUCUGGAUACGUCAAUCAAAGAGGGUCGAGGAAUCAAAGGUGCACCAGUGACUCUCGAUGACAUCAAUAAACUGCCUUGCUAUGGGCACCAAGAUUUUCCAUGUUGGUCAGAAUUGACAAGACGCAAUGAAGAACUGAAAUUUCUCAAGAAAAAAUUUGAUUUUGUGGUUGGAUACGAACUACCUGAAUGUAAUUUGGAUGGGAGUUAUAAAGCAAAACAAUGUGAUGAGACCAGUUGUUACUGUGUAAACCAAAAAGGAGAAAGAUAUGGAGCCAGAGUGACUAUUCCAAGAGAUUCAUCAGAAAUCGAACAAAUGAGAUGCAAUUGUAUCCGUGAUAAAGACUUGUUACGACAAGCUAACGAUAAAACCAAUUGGUCUGAUUAUGAUUGCGAUCAUCUUGGUAAUUAUAACCCGAUUCAGUGUUUUGGAGAUUCAUGUUUUUGUGUCGACCAAAAUGGACUACCUAUUGACUAUGAAAGAUACAAUGUAACUUUAAAAGAUACUAUAAAUUGUACUGAAACUGUUUAACAUAAUUUUUAGUUUAAUUUUAGCUUAA